CUCCCCGCCGCUGCCCGCGAGCCCGGCCCGGCGCGCCUGACGUGGACCAUUAAACUUGGAGCUGCCGCCUCGUCCCCUCUCUCCUCCUCCUCUUCCCUCUGACAGGCGAGCGCGCAGUCGGUGCCGGCAGGAGACGUGCUGCCGGGCCGGGCUGCCGGGGGGAGAUGACUCCUCUCCAGGAGGGAGCCUCUGGAAAGAAGACCACGCGGGGAGCAAAGUUUCAGGGCAGCUGAGCCGCCUUCGCCGCAGCCCUUAGAGCCCUGUCACCUCCCUGGCUAUGGAGGGCGGACUCUAAAAUGAAUCCCGAUCUGGACACCGGCCACAACACAUCAGCACCUGCCCACUGGGGAGAGUUGAAAAAUGCCAACUUCACUGGCCCCAACCAGACCUCGAGCAACUCCACACUGCCCCAGCUGGACAUCACCAGGGCCAUCUCUGUGGGCCUGGUGCUGGGCGCCUUCAUCCUCUUUGCCAUCGUGGGCAACAUCCUAGUCAUCUUGUCUGUGGCCUGCAACCGUCACCUGCGGACGCCCACCAACUACUUUAUCGUCAACCUGGCCAUCGCUGACCUGCUGCUAAGCUUCACCGUGCUGCCCUUCUCCGCGGCCCUGGAGGUGCUGGGCUACUGGGUGCUGGGCCGGAUCUUCUGUGACAUUUGGGCCGCCGUGGACGUCCUGUGCUGCACAGCCUCCAUCCUGAGCCUGUGCGCCAUCUCCAUUGACCGCUACAUCGGGGUGCGCUACUCUCUGCAGUACCCCACACUGGUCACCAGGAGGAAGGCCAUCUUGGCGCUCCUCAGUGUCUGGGUCUUGUCCACAGUCAUCUCCAUUGGGCCUCUUCUUGGGUGGAAGGAGCCGGCGCCCAACGAUGACAAGGAAUGUGGGGUCACUGAAGAACCCUUCUACGCACUCUUCUCUUCCCUGGGCUCCUUCUACAUCCCUCUGGCUGUCAUUCUGGUCAUGUACUGCCGUGUCUACAUCGUCGCCAAGAGGACCACCAAGAACCUGGAGGCUGGAGUCAUGAAGGAGAUGUCCAACUCCAAGGAGCUGACCUUAAGGAUCCACUCAAAGAACUUUCACGAGGACACCCUCAGCAGUACCAAGGCCAAGGGCCACAACCCCAGGAGUUCCAUAGCUGUCAAACUUUUUAAGUUCUCCCGGGAAAAGAAAGCAGCCAAGACCUUGGGCAUUGUGGUCGGCAUGUUCAUCUUGUGUUGGCUACCCUUCUUCAUCGCUCUACCACUUGGUAAGUCGGGGACUGGCAGAGGGGAGCUAGGCAUUUUCAGAUCUUGGGUUUACUGAUGAGCUUACUAUAAAGUUUUUUGUGGGUUGCUUUUUUUUUUUUAAUGCAGUCUGUGUGUGUUUGGAGGUUGGAGAAUAUUGUUUACUCUGCAAAGGCUUUGCAGAUUGGGUAUCUGGCUAAGAACAAACUAAGGUGUUAGUAGAAUGCGCUAAGGUACGAGUCACUUGAAUAGAACCACAGGAGGAAAAUCUGGUAUGUGGAAUGACUCAUUCAACAGCCUCAGUUUAAUAAUUAAACAGGACACUGGACUUGAGCAUCACACCAGCAUUAUUUCAGUAGUAAUGACGUGCC